AUGUUCAUCGAGCAGCCCUAUUUGCUUUGCAUUGCAAUGCUUAGCAUCUUCUGUAGCCUGCCACUUCCUAUGGAAAGUUAUCCGAAGUGCACACUCCUCUAAAUAUGAUCGCCACCCGCUCCGCAAUCUCGCUCGGAAAGCUCGCGAUCCGCAGCAGCGGCGCUGCCACUUUGGGCGCGCGUUCGUUCUCAUCGUCCCGCUCGUCGCUCGCCUCGACACUGCUCUUUGUCGAACACAGGAAGGGAGAGAUCAACCCCGCCACCCUAUCUGCGCUCACUGCCGCGCAGAAGCUGGGUGGUGAUGUGCACGCUGCCGUCGUAGGCUCCGAGUCGGAGGUCGAAGGCGUAGCAGACAAGGUGGCCAAGGUAAACGGCAUCUCCAAAGUAUUCUACUCUGCCUCCAAGCCGUUCGAGGCGCACCUUCCGGAGUCACUGGCCCCGCUACUCAAGUCGCUGCUUGAGAAGGGCUCCUACUCACACCUCUUCGCCGGCCACACUGCUGUCGGGCGCGAUACCAUCCCGCGAGUUGCCGCACUGGUGGACAGUGCGCAGAUCAGCGACAUCAUUGAAGUGCAAGGCGAGGACACGUUCGUGCGACCCAUCUACGCCGGCAACGCACUCGCCACCGUCAAAUCUUCCGACAAGGUCAAGAUUAUCACUGUACGUGGCACCGCCUUCGAAGCAGCCUCGACCGAGGGCGGCAGCGCAGAGAAGGAGAAGAUCCCUGCGGGCUCGGCGGAGGCGCCCACCGAAUUUGUCGAGGAGAAGCUCACCGUCUCUGCACGCCCCGACCUCGGCACCGCCUCGCGCGUCGUCUCGGGCGGCCGCGCGCUCAAGUCGACGGAGAACUUUGCAAAGUAUAUCGAGCCUCUCGCCGAUGCGCUCAACGCUGCGGUCGGGGCAUCACGCGCCGCUGUCGACGCCGGCUACGCGGACAACUCGCUACAGGUCGGUCAGACUGGCAAGAUCAUCGCGCCCGAGCUGUACGUCGCUGUCGGCAUCAGCGGUGCGAUUCAGCACUUGGCAGGCAUGAAGGACAGUAAGACGAUCGUCGCCAUUAACAAGGACGCCGACGCGCCGAUCUUCCAAGUAGCCGAUCUUGGCCUCGUCGCCGACCUCUACGAUGCUGUGCCAGAGCUCACCGAGAAGAUCAAGAAAUAACGUAGACAAAUUGCUCGUCGAUGUACUGUACUAUACACUCGUAAGCGCACGCUUGAGUUUCAA